AUGUCUUUGAACCAUUCACCAGCGCCUCCAAACCUCCGCGUCCCCCCACCAAACCCCUUCCUCCCCCUCCCCCCACUGUUCCCCCCACCCCCAGGUGAUGCCCGUCACACAUUGGCCUCACGUGACUACCUGCAGAGAGUAUGGAGUCGUCUGUAUGAUCCCUUCACGUUCAGAUGUAACAGCAUCGGUGGAAGCAAGCCCAAGGUGGCGACGCCUGGUGUCGUGUCCAAGAUCGAGGACCUCAAGAGGAACAACCCCACAAUGUUUGCAUGGGAAAUCCGAGACAGACUGUUAGCGGAAGGCGUGUGCACGCAGUCCAACCUCCCCAGCGUCAGCUCAAUCAACCGUAUCCUCCGGAACAGAGCAGCAGAACGCGCAGCCGCAGAGUACGCUAAGAUGGCGACGCACGUGCUGCAGCCUCUUUAUCAUCCUUUAUGGGGACCAGCAGUGGCGCCGCCUACAAGCCUUCAUCAGAGUAGUCGCCCCUUUGUCAAACCCCAAGACCCUUGGAUUAUGGAGAGAGAUUGUGAAUCUUCAGACGAAGAUCCACUCGGCAGCAGCCCCGACAGUUCCGACCAUCACCAGAAGCUGAGGAGGAACAGGACGACUUUCACACAGGAACAGCUGGAGGUGCUGGAGAAGGAGUUCCACAGGACUCACUACCCCGGGGUCGCCACCCGGGAAGACCUCGCUUCCAAAACUAACCUUUCGGAGGCCAGAGUGCAGGUGUGGUUUUCCAACAGACGGGCGAAAUGGCGACGUCACCAGCGUCUGAAGCUCCUCCACACAUCAUCUCCCUUCGUCUUCCGCUACCCCACGCUUCCUGUCCCCACACACACACCGAUGGAGACAUUCCGACUGUUGCCAGGGUUACCACCCACGUCACUGGCCAGCACGAGUGACCUCAGCCGUCUGACCUCUCAACGUGAGGCCUUGACGCCGCCCACACCACGCCUCUCCCUGGGCAGUGAACAUUCUGCCUUCCAGCCUCUUGACAAAUCCCCGGGGUCGGAACCAACCACACCCAAAUCCCCUCCCCCCUCAUGACUGGCACGUGAGACAAUUAUGCCGUUAUAGGAUGUUUCUGCGUUUGGAGAACAGCUUUCAAAGAGAAUGAUUACCACCACGUGUUUACCGAUCGAUGAUGGAGAAAAAAAUAUUUCAUUGGUCAUCAGGUAUUCUCGCGUUUCUGAACCCCUCUCCGGAUAACCAAGGCUUGUGGGCAAGCGAGGUCAACUUAUAGGGUGGACAAUAUGACCUAGUGGGAAUAGGGAUGCCAACCCCAUUUUGGAUGCCCCUGUUGUUCCGGAUGCCGCAGUGCAGUACGCCGGAUGCCAUGAAAUGUUUCUCUGGUUCUCGGAUGCCAAUACUUCAAUGUUGAAAUAUAUUUUUCAUCUUUUAUUCUUAUAAAGAGUGUCAUAUGAAUAAAAAAGUUAGCUCCAAGCUCACGAGCACGCAUGGUGAAGCAUUCAGUAUGAAAUCUCAGUCUAAGUUACUUGUCCCGACAGGGGCGUGUUGCAAUAGGCCCCCAGGUACAUUGUCUUGUCACACGAAGCGUCUAAAUAGAAAGGGUUGGCUGGUUUGUUGUUUUACGCCGCACUCAGCAAUAUUCCAGCUAUAUGACGGCGGUCUGUAAAUAAUCGAAUAUGGACCGGACAAUCCAGUGAAUGACAUCA